CGGCCCUGGGAGGGGCGGCGCGGGGGUUGGGGCGGAUCCCGCGGGGCUCGGGCGGGGGAAGCAAGCGCCGGCCCGGCCAUGGCGGACAACGAGAAACUGGACAACCAACGGCUCAAGAAUUUCAAGAACAAAGGCCGCGACCUGGAGACUAUGAGACGACAACGAAAUGAAGUUGUUGUAGAGUUAAGGAAGAACAAAAGAGAUGAACAUCUCUUAAAAAGAAGAAACGUACCACAUGAAGAUAUUUGUGAAGAUUCUGAUAUAGAUGGUGAUUAUAGAGUGCAAAAUACCUCCCUAGAAGCAAUUGUACAAAAUGCUUCAAGUGAUAACCAAGGAAUCCAGCUAAGUGCUGUUCAGGCUGCUAGAAAGCUUUUGUCCAGUGAUCGCAAUCCACCAAUUGAUGACUUAAUAAAAUCUGGAAUAUUACCUAUUUUAGUCCACUGUCUUGAAAGAGAUGACAAUCCUUCUUUACAGUUUGAAGCUGCAUGGGCUUUAACAAACAUUGCUUCUGGAACUUCUGAGCAAACCCAAGCUGUAGUUCAGUCCAAUGCUGUGCCACUUUUUCUGAGACUUCUCCAUUCACCUCAUCAAAAUGUGUGUGAGCAGGCUGUCUGGGCACUGGGAAAUAUCAUAGGUGACGGGCCCCAGUGUAGAGACUAUGUCAUAAGUCUUGGGGUUGUGAAGCCUUUACUCUCCUUCAUCAGUCCGUCUAUCCCCAUAACAUUUUUGAGGAAUGUUACUUGGGUUAUGGUCAACUUAUGUCGCCACAAAGACCCACCACCACCCAUGGAAACCAUUCAGGAGAUUCUUCCAGCCCUUUGCGUUUUAAUUCAUCACACAGAUGUAAAUAUCCUGGUAGACACCGUCUGGGCCCUCUCCUACCUGACUGAUGCCGGCAACGAGCAGAUCCAGAUGGUCAUCGACUCGGGCAUCGUCCCUCAUCUGGUCCCUCUACUUAGCCACCAGGAGGUGAAGGUGCAGACGGCCGCCCUCCGAGCUGUUGGCAACAUCGUCACCGGCACCGAUGAGCAAACGCAGGUUGUGCUGAACUGUGAUGCUCUGUCACAUUUUCCAGCACUGCUGACACAUCCCAAAGAAAAAAUCAAUAAGGAGGCAGUGUGGUUCCUCUCAAACAUCACUGCGGGAAAUCAGCAGCAGGUUCAGGCAGUGAUUGAUGCCAGCCUCGUGCCCAUGAUUAUACACCUCUUAGAUAAGGGCGAUUUUGGAACUCAGAAAGAAGCUGCCUGGGCCAUAAGUAACUUAACAAUCAGUGGAAGAAAAGACCAGGUGGCCUACCUUAUCCAACAGAAUGUUAUACCGCCCUUUUGCAACUUGCUAACUGUAAAAGAUGCUCAGGUUGUGCAGGUGGUACUGGAUGGACUAAGCAAUAUAUUAAAAAUGGCUGAAGACGAGGCUGAGACCAUAGCCAACCUUAUAGAAGAGUGUGGAGGCCUUGAAAAGAUUGAACAACUUCAAAAUCACGAAAAUGAAGACAUCUACAAGCUGGCCUAUGAGAUCAUUGAUCAGUUCUUCUCAUCAGAUGAUAUUGAUGAAGAUCCUAGCCUUGUUCCCGAGGCGAUACAAGGGGGAACCUUUGGUUUCAAUUCCUCUGCCAAUGUACCGACGGAAGGGUUCCAGUUUUAGAAAGAUGUUGUGGAAGUGUUGGGUACAAUGCAGCACUGAUAUAUAUACAUAUAUAUAUAUAAAAAAAAGGUUUGAUCCAUCAAGCUUGGCUCAUGGGAUCUGCUGCUGCAUUAAAUCGGGGAAAGAGAACGUGAAGAUUUCAUUUGGAAUCACAGAAAGCCCAAAUGAAGUCAAGAUGGCGAGUGGGUGCGAGUGAGAGUGAGUGGCAAAAUGUAAUGAAAAACUUCACACGAAUGCUUAUUUAGGUCGUUCAAAGACAAGGGCUCGGGUCACUGACGUGCGGUGCCCGAGAAGGAGCGCGGACGAGAGCUAGAGCGACUUCCGCCUUGUAAGCAUCACCGGAAACGGGCCCGUCCGAGCCCGAGGAGAGCGAGCCCCGGCCUUGCUGUGACUGCGGCCCUGUGUGAAUGGGAGACGGCGAGCGGGCUCUGGCCUCCGCGGCGGGGAGCCCCGCUCGCCUUUCCGACCCAGGGCUCCUCCCUCGGGGCGCAGACCCCGCUCGUGGAGGGGCGCGUGUGCGAGAGUGUGGUUGUGGUGCUGUGUGGGGAUGCGUGCGAGCUUGAUCCGCCUUCAGGGGCUGGGGCAGACCUGGGAGUCAUCGGGGAGACCCUAAGCGUUGGCGUACACUGGACAUGGAAUUAAAGACCGGUUUAGCAGCAGACUUGGGUUUACUUCAGCCUGGGUUUCCUCUCCCUUUCUCUUGGACCUUCUCCCUUUCCUUUCUGUUCGUUCUUUUUCUUUCCGUUCUUUCCUCCCCGCCCCCUCCCCCUCCGAUUACUUUUAUCUAGUAUGGCUUUAUUAGUUGCUUGUCAAGUCAGAUAACUUUUCAGGAAGGAGUCCCUGUGCAUUUGCACCAGAUGAAUGUUUGAUGUUAGGAAAAGCUUUCCAUAUCAUCAAAACGAAUUUGUGUAGACUUUUGCAUGAAAAAUCAAAAUUCCCCUCCAGAUAGACUGUGUUGCAGUACACAAGUUGCCAUAAUAGUCAGAGACAGUCAGUUGUGCUUUCCAAAGCCGUCCUUUUCAUUUUCAAAGAUAACAUGAAGCUCUUUGCAUGUGGUAAUAAUCUACAGCCUAGUUCCGUUUUAGAUUCUGUUGAGUCCUGUAAAGAAGAAAAAGAAAAAAAAGUUUUCAGUUGUGGUAGAAUCCCGUGCUGUGUUUAAAUGUUACUUGCUUUCAAACUUUGUUUUCUAUGAAAAUGAUAUGGAAACUUCUAAAAUGGAAUUGGGUGCAUAUGUACUGCCGAAUAAAGACCGAUGACGAGGUGUGAAUAGAUGUACAAAUCAAGUAAUGGUUUGAACACCUUUAAUACUAUGCCUAAUCUGUUCAAUUGUUUUAGAAUCUUUUUAUCUUAGAUGUAGGCAGCCAUGAACAAUCUAUUUUGAGCCACUUUAGGGAGAAAACUUUGUAUUUUUAAAACUUGCAUAAACGGCAUGCAAGUGGUUUUUAUAAAUUGGAAUUAUGCCUCAGUUUUGAGGUUCUGCACACUAAAUUAAAUGUGACACAAAUAAAUUUGUACAAAAAGGAGAACUCUUUAUAAGGUGGCUCAUUGUAGGAAACCCUGUGCCUUCCCCUUCGAGCACACAUGUUGCAUGAACAGCGGUUUGCUAUAAGAAACAUACCAGAUUAGCCACCAUUAGCAUCGUUAUCUACUUUGUGUUUAAAAAUCAACUGGUAAUUCUGAAACACUGUAGAAUGGAUAAAGAUUAUUUUGUGAUCAUAACUCUUUGUUGGACUAGAGUAUUUUUGCAGCAUUCCUUGUCAUCAGAACAUGGUUAAAGUUUAAAAUUAGAAGCAGCAGAAAACUAGCUUGUACAAUUUAUCCAAGUAGAGUGCAGGCUAGGCUGUCUUGGGGAAAUAAACAUUAAAACUUAAAGCAAUGUUUUACACGGGGUGUGGCGUGUGUGUGUGUGUGUGCGCGGGGGGAGGGGCUUUCUACUAAAAGGACGAGACGACCUAACGGUUCACCUCAUUAAAGUUCUAUCAACUUCUUA